CCAGGUAGAGGGCCAAGUUUAGUCCCAGAGUCCUGGUAACAGAACUGGCUGGACCAUUUCGGCCCUUGCGAACUCCCGCCCUCCGUCUCUGUGUUCUUUCUGGGCGAGUUUGUCAGUGUCCCAAACCGUCCCCGCUUGAGGUCACAGUGCUAGGUCACGUGCUCGAGCCCGCGAGAGCGCCACAUCGCCAGCCGCACCCCUCCACCCCCACCCUGCCCACGUGACCCGGCCUACUUUCUCCCCGCCCGACCCAACUCUUUGCUUAGGAAGCCCCGCCCUACGCAGAGCGCUAGACCUGCCAACCUCCGCCCCCCCAUCCGCCCAGGCUCAAACGAGACCCGCGGACCCACGUGUUUCUUCCUGUCCAAUGGGAGCAGGCGCCUGGGCGCGAAGGGGCGGGGAGGAAAGAACGACUUCGUUACGCUGCGAGAAAGGGGCGGGGCCUGUAACGUCGGACUGAACGAGGGGACGCAACGGAGGCAGGCCGGAGCCGCUGCCGUCGCCAUGACCCGCGGUAACCAGCGCGAGCUCGCCCGCCAGAAGAAUAUGAAAAAGCAGAGCGACUCGGUUAAGGGAAAGCGCCGAGAUGACGGGCUUUCUGCUGCCGCCCGCAAGCAGAGGGACUCGGAGAUCAUGCAGCAGAAGCAGAAAAAGGCAAACGAGAAGAAGGAGGAACCCAAGUAGCUUUGUGGCUUCGUGUCCAACCCUCUUGCCCUUCGCCUGUGUGCCUGGAGCCAGUCCCACCACGCUCGCGUUUCCUCCUGUAGUGCUCACAGGUCCCAGCACCGAUGGCAUUCCCUUUGCCCUGAGUCUGCAGCGGGUCCCUUUUGUGCUUCCUUCCCUUCAGGUAGCCUCUCUCCCCCUGGGCCACUCCUGGGGGUGAGGGGGUUACCCCUUCCCAGUGUUUUUUAUUCCUGUGGGGCUCACCCCAAAGUAUUAAAAGUAGCUUUGUAAUUC